AGCCGUUUUGGCUCAAGCUCUUCGUGACCACUAAACUCUUUGCGCCUGUUCUCGCCCCCGGGCCCCCCGUGGACAUCGGCAGCCGAUGGCCGCCGUGGCGCAGCCUUUCGAGCAGCAGGCGAUGUCGCAGACGCCUCAGGGGCCCGGGUGGAUGCCGCAGACCGCCGAUCAGAACGGCAAGGCCGUCGGUGCGCGGGUGCCCCCUUCCUUCUGUGCAAAAGUGUGCUACCCACCGUGCGCCAUGUCCGGGUACGAGCACGGCGACCCCACCCUGGGCAUCUUUGAAGGCAAGGCCCUUUGCGCGCUCAUCCUGGAGCUCCUCUGCUGCAUGGGCUGCGUCGUGAGCCUUUGCUUCUGGCAGCCCGACCCCGAAAACAUUAAGGGGGAUGGCACGCAGCGCACCGUGGAGCAGAAGUGCCUCGCCGGCUUCUGCGUCGGCUUCGUGGCCAUCUCGUUCUGGGAGAACGGCGAUUUCUGCUGCGGACCGGACGGCGAGUGCACCUGGUGCACCGAGGAGUCGGUGAAGGGCUGCCUCUUCCACUUCAUCCCUGGCCUGGUCUCGCUCCCGCCCUUGGACUGCUGCUACGUGAUGUGCUGCUGGGAGCCCAACGGCCGCUUCUUCCGGCGCUCCCUCGGCAACCACGGCGGGGGCGCCGCCGUGGUGGGCGCCCCGGUGCAGACGGCCGAGGGGAACCUCCCGUUCUGGCAGGUGCAGGCGGCGGGCCCCGCCGCCGUCGUCGUGGGCCAGCUGGCGGGCCCGCCUCCGGGCGGGCUCGCCCCGCAGGGCGGCGGGGGCGGCGUCGGCACGGCCGCCAGCAGCGCCUGCCACACGCCGAAGUGACGCCAUGGGCUUCCAGGCCUCCCCUGCAGAGGAGGAAUCCUCCUCAUUCUCCUCCUCCUCCUCCUCCUCUUCCUCCUCCUCCUCCUUUCCUUCCUUUGUAUGUUUACGGCGUGGUUUCUCUUUCUAUCCAGGCCUCCCCAAUUCGAUCUGAGCAGGCUCGGGGAAGCGCAGGGCUCGAGUCUGCCAGACCUCGGGUUUGCCGACGCGGCCUGGCGAGCGCGUCCUGGACUUUAAAAAGGUCUGGUCUUCGGGGGAUGUCUGCAGCGGGAGCUCGCUUCAAAUUUUUCAUUGCUUCUCGCUCCACGGUAACGAGUGCCCCCUGCCGUCAACCAGGUCGGAUGUGACGUUUGGGCGGUGGCCUCGUGGACAGCUAAGUCUGCCACCGGGGACUUUUUUUAACAGGCGCCCACGUGCACCACCCUGCGCCUGUGAGCGUAAUUGCGGCUGCGCGUGGCGUGCACGCUGCUCUGGAUAGGAAUUUGCAGCACCCUUUCCGUGCUUUCGCGACGCCCUGAGGUCUGGGCAUGCGCGCGAUCGCGCGAGAAGGCUGGGGGCCCGCGCACCGAACACGGCGCAGUGCCGGCUGCCCGGGCCCCCCCGCCUCCCUGUCCUCGUCCGCCUCCCCCUCCCAUUUGGGUUUGCUCCUCGCUCCGCGCUCUCUGCCUCUGGCCCCACCGCGCGUGCCUCGCUUCUCGCGUCGGGGCGAGAAACGCACCGUCUUCUCCCGGCAGGGAGGCGGGGCGUGCCGCCGUCCGCCGGUUGCGUUUCUUUUUGAUGAUGAUCGGUGGCCCACGGCAUCAUCUCCCAUGUGUCAAAACUUUGGUGGCCUGGGGCGUGCAGAGUGUUGCUAGCGGUUGCGAGUGCACCGCGGCGCCGAUGCGUUUCCGCGACGCACUCGGCUCUGACGCGCUGCCGCGCCGCUGCGACGGCCGCCUGACUCGCGGGCACCGUCUCGGCGAAUUGUGUGCGAAGACACGUUGGCAUUGUGCGAAGACGCCCACGGCGAAUCAACGCCGCACCCUGCCCUCUCGAAGCGCCCAUGCGGCCAAAAGUUGGGCAGAAGCCUCGGUUAGCUGUUGGGCUUUCUGCUCCCCCAGCCGUCUGAACCCUUUUGGGGAAUACUUGGGUG